AUGGCGCAAAAUGGCGUGGGAUCGUACUCGAACCCAUUGAAGAAGUUCAAACUCGUCUUCCUCGGCGAGCAAAGUGUCGGCAAGACGUCUCUCAUCACGCGGUUCAUGUACGACUCGUUCGACACGACAUACCAAGCCACGAUUGGCAUCGACUUCCUUUCCAAAACGAUGUACCUCGAAGAUCGGACGGUCCGCCUGCAGCUGUGGGAUACCGCAGGCCAAGAACGAUUUCGCUCCCUGAUCCCUUCAUAUAUCCGUGACUCGUCGGUGGCCGUGGUGGUGUAUGACAUCUCCUCGAGGAAGACCUUUGAACAGACCCGGAAAUGGAUAGACGACGUGCGAGGCGAGCGCGGCAACGAUGUGAUUGUCGUGUUGGUUGGCAACAAGACGGAUCUGGGAGACAGCAAACGUGAGGUCACGACACAGCAGGGCGAGGAAGAGGCCAAAAGAGCCGGAGCCAUCUUCAUGGAAACCAGUGCCAAAGCCGGUCACAACGUCAAGGCCCUGUUCAGGAGAAUCGCCCAGGCUUUGCCUGGCAUGGAGGCAGAGGGCGAGUCGCAGCCCAAUCCCCAGAGUAAGAAAGACCCCAACACACAACACAUAUCCCGUGCACGCGAAUAUGCCCGGGCAAUCUUGGCUGACUUGGAAACGCGCAGUGAUUGA